CCGACAUUGAGCUAAGCUUGACGGUUUCUUACGCCGGCGAGCCAAAAUUUCAGACCUCGACGAAGAAGACAACUUUUUCUGACUUGUUAGGCUUUUUUAACCAUGGCUAUGCAAUCUGGUAUUGGGUUAUCGAAGAUUUUGGUUUUAGCUGGAGCAGGUUAUACUAGUACGAUUCUGGUCAAGAAUGGAAAAAUGGCGGAUAUUUUGGGAGAGCUACAGGCUAUUGUUAAGCGAUUUGAGAAAUCCGGAGAUCAUUCCGAUGACGAUUCUGAUGCCAUGACUACUCAGAUGCAACGUUUAGCAAUGGAGGUUCGGCAAUUGGCCUCGUCGCGGCAGAUAACUGUCGUCAAUGGAGCUCAGGGAGCUGACUUUACCCCAUUUAUAGUCCCGGCUGCCACAUUGGGAGCUAUAGGUUAUGGCUACAUGUGGUUCAAGGGGAUUUCAUUCUCUGACAUCAUGUGCAUAACAAAGAGGAACAUGGAAAAUGCAGUGGCGAAUUUGACAAAGCAUUUGGACACCGUUUCAGAAGCUAUCUCUAGUGCUAAGAAGCACUUGUCCGAGAAGCUUAAGAAGACGGACGAUAAGCUUGACUUGCAGAAGGAUCUCUUAAAGGGAGUCCGAAAUAAUGUGGGUUUGGCUCUUGAGGAUCUUGCUAACAUUGGAGAUGAUUUUGACGCAAUGCAUAGCAUGUUUGGUAAUAUGGGUGGAAAAUUAGAUAGUAUUGAGUACAAGCAGAAUAUUGCAAAUUUGGGUUUAAUGUAUCUAUGCGACUCUAUGGGUGGAGAAAAUCACAAGCUGCCGGAUAUUCUGAUGCAGGAGAAGCUUCGACUUUCUGGGAAGUCAAACACAUGUAUAGUACUUACAACCGAAGAAACAUCAAGCUCAGAGGGUUUGGAAGAAAGCGAUAAGCUAGAGCUACUUGAAGGCUGAUUCAGAUGGUACCAUAUAUCAUCAAAGUUUGAUGAUAUAACAGAUAUGUAGUAUAGGAUACUGAAAAUAGGAGUGAUUAUUAUGUAUUGGUGUUUAAAAUUCAUGUCCUUUGGGGGCAAGAAAGAAGAUUGAAAAACAAAAGAAUGUGCUUUUUUUUUUUCUCCCAAAAAAAUAAUGAAGCCUAAUAAAUUAUCC